AUGUUCACCAAUCUAGUUAGCAAUAUCCGAGAAAAGUUUGGCAAAAAGGAGGAUGAGGGAGGAAUAGGGCAACAACAACAACAUCGACCCAGUAUAAUGGUUGAACAAUCCACAGCCAAAAAUGAGAGUGGCCGCCUUUCAGUGGACGAACAAGCGAGUGAGGGUCUCUGGAGGCGAGCAAGUGAUGGCCAAUUGUAUGAUAAGAGCCGCUUAUCACCAACCAGGGCCCAACCCAUUCCAGUACAACAACGUCGACGAGCAACCUUUUAUGGCAUUUCGAAUGUAUCAGCCGACGAUUAUAUGCAAAAAGAUUUGAUUUCAGGCUCGUGGAGUUAA